AUGUCUUCUAUUGCUACAAUUAUUGAUAAUGACAUAUUAGUGUCAACUUUACAAAAAGGAUUUUAUGCACUUGCUGCUUGUACUAUUAUUGGCACAGCAGCUUAUGUAGGUUAUAAAGCUGCCGAACCUGAAAACAAACAUAUAAUCCAUAACCGCCAUCCAGAAUUAAACGAACAGGUACUUGAAUCUUUACGUCUGGAUGAUGAUAAACUACGACAAAUGAUGCAAUUUCUUGAACAAGAAAUGGAUUCUGGCCUUUCUCCAGCUACACAUAAAAUGGCUGAUGUUAAAAUGUUUCCAACCUAUGUUCGAAAUAUAGCUAAUGGAUCCGAAACUGGUCAAGUGCUUGCAUUAGAUUUAGGUGGUACGAAUUUUCGUGUUUUACUUGUUAAUUUAUUACCACAAUCCGAAGUUGAAUUAACAUCAAAAAUAUUCGUUAUACCACAAUCAAUUAUGCUUGGUGAAGGAGUUAAUUUAUUUCGUCAUCUUGCUGAUUGUCUUGUUGAUUUUAUGAAAAAAGAAAAUCUAAUUAAACCAGGUGUUCAUUAUCCAUUAGGUUUUACAUUUUCAUUUCCAUGUCAACAAGAAGAUCUUGCAUCAGCACGAUUAACAUCAUGGACAAAAGGUUUUACAUGUUCAGGUGUUGUUAAUGAAGACGUUGUUAAAAUGCUUCAAAGAGCAAUUGAUGAAAAAAAUAUUAAUGUAGAAUGUGUAGCACUGGUUAAUGAUACUGUUGGUACAUUAAUGGCAUGUGCAUAUAAAAAUCCCAAUACAGCUAUUGGUCUUAUAUUAGGUACAGGUACAAAUGCAUGUUACAUUGAAAGUUUAGAUCGUAUUGGUACAUGGAAUGGUGAUUAUAAUGAACCAAAACAAGUUAUUGUUAAUAUGGAAUGGGGUGCAUUUGGUAAUAAUAAUCGUUUAAAUCAUCUACGAACAAAAUAUGAUGAAGAAGUUGAUCUAUCAUCAGUAAAUCCUGGCAAGCAAAUUUUUGAAAAAAUGAUCAGUGGAAUGUAUAUGGGUGAAAUAGUUCGUUUAAUAAUACUUGAUUUAAUGCAACAAGAUUUACUAUUUCUUGGUCAACGUGAUCGUUAUGGAGAUUAUAAAACACCAUUAUUUACACGUGGUGGAUUUUAUACAAAAUUUGUUAGUACUGUUGAAACAGAUGAAGGUAUUGCAUUUUCAAAUACGAGACGUGUUCUUCAAGAUAUUGGUAUAAGAAAUCCAACAUUUGAUGAUUGUGCAAUUGUACAACAUAUUUGCAAAAAUGUUUCAAGACGAGCAGCUCGAUUAGCCGGAGCAGGUCUCGCUGUAAUUAUCAAUCGUAUUAAUAAACCAAAUAUAACUGUUGGUGUUGAUGGUUCUCUUUAUCGUUAUCAUCCAAGAUUUAAAAGAAAUAUGGAAAAAUGUAUGAAAAUUUUAGUCAAUAAAAAUAUAAAGUUUGAACUUCAAUUAUCCAAUGAUGGUUCAGGUGUCGGUGCUGCACUGACCGUGGCAGCAGAAGUUUUAUCAACUCAGAGCAAUAAGGAAUCAACUGACAAUCAAAAACAAAAACAACGUCGACGAUCACAUGUGUAA